CCAGGCCGGGGCCUGCUUGGGCCCUCCCUCUAGGACUCCUGGAGAGAGGGCCCAAGGCGGCCCCGGCCUGUGCUAGGCCUCACUAGGCCCAAGAUGGCGCCGCUGCCCGCCCUCCGCCGCCUCCUCCUCCUCCCGCCUCGGCCCUUCCGCCUCCCUUGGCGAGGCCUCGGCACCGGAGAAGGACCCACAAGCCACAACACCUUUGACGUUGCUGUCGUUGGGGCCGGCAUCGUGGGCCUGGCUUCGGCCCGGGAGCUGUGCUUGCGACAUCCAUCCCUCACCUUCGCUGUGCUGGAAAAGGAGAAGGAGUUAGCCGUCCAUCAGAGCGGACACAACAGCGGUGUUAUUCACAGCGGAAUCUACUACACGCCCGGAUCGCUGAAGGCCAAGCUGUGUGUGGAGGGAUCUCUCCUGUGCUAUGAAUACUGUGACAAGAAGGGGAUCCCAUAUAAACAGUGCGGCAAGCUGAUAGUAGCGGUGGAGCAGGAAGAAAUCCCCAGGCUCAAGGCUCUGUACAAGAGAGGGCUGCAGAACAAAGUCCGGGGCCUGAAGCUGAUAAACGCCAAAGAGAUACAAGCCAAGGAACCCUAUUGCCGGGGCUUAAUGGCGCUGGACUCUCCCUACACGGGCAUCGUCAACUACAGGCAGGUGGCCUUGGCUUACGCGGAAGACUUCCAGGCUGCGGGAGGGACCGUCUUGACCGAUUUUGAAGUAAAAGACAUUCAGAUGAACAAGGAAAGCCCCGCCGGAAGCGAAGAAGGGAUGAAAUACCCGGUUGCUGUUAGAAACUCAAAGGGAGAAGAAAUCCAUUGCCGGCAUCUCGUCUCCUGCGCAGGACUUUACUCCGAUCGCCUUUCUCAAAUCAGCGGUUGCAGCCUAGAGCCCCGCAUCGUGCCUUUCCGGGGAGAUUAUUUGGUGCUGAAACCGGAGAAGUGCUACCUGGUUAGAGGAAACAUUUAUCCGGUACCUGACCCUCGAUUCCCUUUCCUGGGCGUUCAUUUCACACCAAGGAUGGACGGCAGCGUCUGGCUUGGGCCCAAUGCCGUUCUUGCCUUCAAACGAGAGGGAUACAAGUUCUAUGACUUCAGCGUCCCAGAUUUUAUAGAUGCGACUGCAUACAGUGGUUUAUGGAAGUUGGUGCUCAGGAACUUCUCAUACGGGAUGGGAGAAAUGUACAGAGCCUGCUUCCUCAGCGCACAAGUGAAGCAGCUGCAGAGAUUCAUACCCGAAGUCACCGUCAGUGAUAUCCUCAGAGGACCAGCUGGCGUCAGAGCUCAGGCUUUGGACAGAGACGGGAACUUGGUGGACGAUUUUGUAUUCGACGGAGGCACCGGAGACGUUGGCGCUCGGAUUCUCCAUGUCAGAAACGCCCCUUCUCCCGCCGCUACCUCCUCCCUUGCCAUUGCUAAAAUGAUUGCCGACGAGGUGGAGGACAGGUUUCAUUUAUGACGAGAAUACCAACGACUUGGAACUCUUUGCCCCUCUGUGGCCAGGCACCAUGGCCGAAGCAUAGCCGGACGAGGAAACAGAAAUCAUUGCUUAGUCAGGAAGAGGUAGUUGGAAGUCAGAGUCAUUUGCAGAGGUCCAGCUGGCGUCAGAGCUCAGGCUUUGGACAGAGACCAGAACUUGGUGGACGAUUUUGCAUAUGAUGGAGGCACCGGAGAUGUUAGCGCCCGGCAUGGGCAAACUUGGGCCCUCCCUCCAGGUGUUUUGGACUUCAACUCCCACAAUUCCUAACAGCCUACCGGCUGUUAGGAAUUGUGGGAGUUGAAGUCCAAAACACCUGGAGGGAGGGCCCAAGUUUGCCCAUGCAUACUGGGCUUCUUUUGCAGGAUGGUUCAAGCAUGCAAAGAUUACAGUUACGGCUAGCUAAUUUCAGUCUGUUUUUGUCAAAUGUGAUCGAUGCAAGGCUGAAUGGACAUGGCGUUUGAUCAGGAGCUACAUUAUUAGGAAGUAAUUCAGGAAACCUUUUUAUAUGUCAGACUAGGCAAUAGUGAAAUGUUAAAAUGUUGCAGACAUGUGAUGGAUAAGGAACUGUAUAAAGACUACUUUAUUGAAUCAUGGUGGACAGUGAUCUGCAUUUCCUCUCCUCUAAAAUGUUAAAGUUCUCAAUGUUCCACUUA